CUGUUUUAGACAAAAMAGUAGAUCGGAGUAACGAUGCUAAAGUUUUAUGCAGUAUUUUUUGCAGUCUUGAUGAAWAUUGUGGGCGUUUGUUGCGAUGAAUCWGAGCCUMYSACUCCCUCGUCCUAUCAAAAGACCAUCGCUCAAGGAUUUUCAACAAACUGGUUUAAAUCGUCAGAGCUGCUAGCAAAAUACCACGGCAAAAACAUCGAGGAUAUCUACAAAAGAGGUUUUCGAAAUGUUAGACUUAGAUCCAGAGCUGACCUGUAUUCGGCGCCCUAUAACAAUACCUCUUUUGAAUGGUUUCUUGGCAAUCUAACGAUCGUUGUUGAUAAGUGYCUACAAGUCGGUAUAGUACCUAUUAUUUCAUGGAUUCACCACCAUGCAGAAGCAUUUGCAAGUGASAAUGAUCGCCAGAACUAUAUAACUUGGUGGAGUAAAGUCGCUAAUCACCUCAAAGACAAAGAUUACAGACUAAGUUACAAUUUAUUUACAGAGCUUGGACUGGAUGGGUGUGGAUCAAACUGCAGCGAAAGCCUUCGCAAGAGGCCCGAUAAAUACAACAGAUGGACUUCUGAUGUUGUCAAAGYGAUUCGUGCUACUGGAGCAAAAAACGCCAAACGGRUCUUAAUCCUWGGUUCCCCRGGAAAAACAGGAAAAGASCUUCACCUUAUCAACAAAACAAUCUACGAAAACGACCCGUACAUAAUGGCUGAAUGGCAUAUUUACGCCUCRGGACCAAAYAAGAAAGAUGGUGGACAGAAAUACUGGAGUGGAGACGGUACWGGUGAGGGGAAGAAAAACGUUAACAAAGCCAUCGGAUACGCAGUCGAGUAUACCAAAAAAAGCAAACUUUUGACAUAUCUUGGGGCCUGGAUGCCUACAGAUAAUGCAGGGGGCAGCCUAAAUCAGGACGAGGUCAUCAGUUUUGGCCAGUAUUUCGCCAGYCAACUCGGAAAAGAGAAUAUUCCUUGGUCUCUAAACGUUCUCGAUCGUUAUUAUGACACCAGUAAGAGCCAAUGGAUUACUGAUAUGCAGGAUGUAGCUGGAAGAUCUGUCAAUAUGUCACUGGUCCUGGAUAAAAUCAAGGAGGUCUUGGAUGGYUCCCAUGGUCCUUCACCGUCCCCCACAUCACCAAAGAAUGGUUCUUCAUGGUCACACAUGGGAAUGUGGCAUAAAUAUUUACCAUUUUUUCUGGCAGUUAUGUUACAUGCAUGGCAUAGUCUUAUAUAAACCAUUUUAAGAAAGGAUGUUCUAAAUUUAUAGAUGGUCUUGCAUUACACAGCAGAUGUCAUGUACAUUGGAACGUUUAAAAUAUAUAGAUUAGAAUAUCUAGAAAUGUUGAUUGUAAAAAAACCGAUGAAGCCAAAAAAUAUAAAAAUAUGAAAACAAAAUAAAAUAUUUUCACCUGACAGGAUU